AUGGUGCAAGCUGGGGUUGGGGGUCUCGACACUCCACGAACGAACAUCGGAGAUGAAACUUGGCUCGAGAGACCUGAUAUCGACUUUUCACAAGAGCAGUCUUUUAUCUCGCCUUCCAAGGACAACAACAAUCUCGUGAGCCAACUUCGGAAUGGCGGCCGACGCGGCGCGAUCAACCUUAAAACACCUCGAAGUCGCGCCGUGCUCAACGACCGGCGCAAUCUUCCAGCAGGGCUAGGUGGCGGAGAGUUCACACCACUCCUCAAGAGCGCCACAAGAAACAGCGCUCUGCGAAACGGACACGGCAAAGAGAAUGUCCCCGCCACGCCAGCAUUCCUCAAGCCUGGAGGCCUGGAUAAGAUAUCCGAAGACAUGACUCCACUCCCUGUGGGGAGUUCAGUCUAUGGCGGCUCUCGAAAUGGAUCAUAUAUGGCUGGCACGCCGAUGCCCGAAAUUGAAAGCAGCAGCGCGGCUUCUACACCCAUGGCAUUGUUGCCCCGACGAAGCGAAAGUGCAGGUGUUCUACAGGAUGGCAACCAAUUAUCAUUACGGGAGCAGGAGAAUGUGAUCAGCAGGAUUGAGAAGGAAAAUUUUGGAUUGAAGUUGAAGAUACAUUUCUUGGAAGAUGCUUUGAAGAAGAGUGGACCUGGAUUCAGCGAGGCCGCCUUGAAGGAGAAUACGGAUCUGAAGGUAGACAGAAUCACCAUGCAAAAAGAGCUCCACAGAUACCGUAAAUUCGUCGCCAGUGCAGAAAGCGAUGUCGAGCUCUACCGUCAGCAAUUCCUGGAGAUGCAGAAUAAGGUCAAGCGCAAGCACAUGGACCAGGGCGUUCGCGAAGAACUGGACCGUGUUCGGGUUACCUUGGAAGAGAGGGAGGCGGAAUUGGAACGGCUCAAGAGCCAAGAAUCGCAGGUGGAUGACUUGCAGGACAAAAUAGAUGACCUCAAAACCGACCUGAGAGAAAAAGAUCGAGAAGCCAACGACUUUGAAGACGAGAUCGACAACCUCAAAGAAGAUCUUGAGAAACGGGAUAAUACAAUCUCCGAGCUGAAGGCUGCCAUGGGGGAGGCUCAGCGCCGUGCCGCGGAACUGGAGGAGAAAGCUCAAGAGCUUGAUGAAGCAAACGAGAAGAUCAAAGAGUUGGAACAUACCGUGAAGGAAUUCAAACAUGAAACAAGGGAAACCAUUCAGGACCUGGAGCGCGACUUGCAACGAUGUCAGGAGCAAGCCGAAAAUGCCAUCGAGGACAAAGCAGAAGCCAUAGAGGGAAAGCGACUUGCUGAGGAAAAACUCAAGCAAGCAGUCCAAGAAAAGAAAGAUGCUGAGGAGAACCUGGAGGAAUUGCAGGAAGAUAUUGCCAACAAGUCAAUGACGAGCAAGGGCUUCAGUCGGCAAGUCCAAGAGAAGACCAGGCGUCUGCAAGACGAUUUAGAGGAACUACGAGAGAUUCAUGCAAAGCUCGAGCAUGAUCAUGCAGAUAAGACUCGUGAGGCGAAGAAGCUACAAGAAAAGAUCGAGGAUUUCAAGCAGGAUGCUGAGGUCAAGGAGCAGAAACUCAAGGAUAAACUCGAGAGUGUACAGAACGAAAACAUCUCUACUGUUCGAGAGCGCGACUCCUUGUCCAAGCGCGUUGAAAGCCUGCAGAACGAAGUCCACCAAAAAUCUGACGAGAAGAACCUCCUCCAGAUUCGCCAUGACGCACUUACUACGGAAUCGGCUGGUCUUCAGCGAGACUUGGCGAGAUUACAAAAGACUAUUGAAGAUCUCGAAGAAAAAUUGGACCAUGAGAAAACAUUGGCCCUCGACAAUGAGCGUCAAGUGAGGGACUCGUACAAGAGCGAGCUUGAUCGUUUGAAUGAUGAGAACGAGAACCUUCAGGCUGCAAUGAAAGAUCGCGAGACUCUGUACCGUGAGUCUGAUAAGGGUUGGAGUCGCGAAUUAGAAAAGCUCCAAUCACAAAAGGACAUGGUAGAAGACAGAGCUGCCAACUUACAACGUACGAUCGACAGACUACAAGAAGCCGAGGGCAACUUGUCCACCAAGGAGUCGAAGUUACGACAGGCUCUUGAAAGCGAAAAGGAGAGACACCAAAGCCAGGAGGCUGUCCUGAACCGCCAGAUCAGUGAGCUCAACGACGACCUACAAACCAGACGUCAAGAAUUCGAUGAGGUCCGCGUGGAAUUGCAGAAUGUCAAGGAAGAGCUACGUCUCAGCCAGCGUGAGCACAGAUUCCUUUCCGAAAAGGUCGAGGGACUCGAGGAUGAAGUUGAGAUUCUUCAGACAAGUCUCGACGAUGAGAGCGAACAAGCCAAUCAGGAAAUUGCGGCUGCGAGGCAAGAAUCGGACAAUCUCCGGCGACAAAUCCAGACAUUGAAGCAAGAUCUUGCGAAUGCAGAGUCUGUAGCGGCUGGGGCUCGAUCCGAGAUGGAGGCUUUCAAGGGCGACCUGCAAGCAGGUAAGGGCAGCAAGGAACAGCUCAGUUCCAGAUUGAGAGAGGUUGAGGCUCAGCUUGCGGGUGUACGACAAGAGAAGCAGAUCUUGCAAGAUCAACUAGGCAAGCUCAAUCUCGAGAUUCACACCCUGCGUGGCUCGAAAGCCGAUGCGGAGGCCGAGCGUGACGAGCUCAAGAGUCAAGUCAGAUCAAUGCAACGGCAAGAGGAGGAGACUUUUCGUCUGGAUCAGGAGCGGGUCGACUUGCGAACUUCUAAGAUGAAGCUUGAUGCCGAGGUGCGACGGCUUCGAGAGGAGAACAAAUUGGCUCUUGCCCAGCAGCAGGCGGUGGAGAAGGAACUCCAGCAGGAAAUUGACAGAUUUAACGCUGAAGAGACCCGCUUGAGUUUGGAGAUCCACGACUUGCAAAGAAUCUUGCGAGGCUCUUCGGAGAAGCGAGAGCUGGCAUCCGCCAAGAAGACCAUCCAAAAUCUCGAGGCCCGUAUCCAUGAGUUGGAGGCUCAGGUCGCCUCUGGUGAUAACCAAAAUGAUGCUGCUAACGAGUUGUCAAUCAUUCGCCACGAUCUCUCUGCAGCCCGACAGAAAGAGACCGAAUUCCUCCAACGAGAGGCCGCUCAAAAGGACGUGCUUCGAGGUCUCAAGCGCCAACUCACCGAACUCGAACGCAAGGCUCAUGAGGCCGAAGUCUCACGAUUCGUACAGAACUCCCCUCAGUCCUCUGUCAGCGGCUCCGCACGUAAAUCCGAACUGAUGGAAGUUCGCUCUCAGCUCGCUUCGGCUCAUCAGACUAUCAAGGAGAUCCGCGCCCAGCUGAAAGCAUCUGACAAGGAUGCCGGCCAGAAGAUCAAUGCUCUCAGUAUUGAAAUUCAAGCUAAAGCUACAGCUUGGGAAGCCGAGAAGGACGAGUUUGAGCGAGCCCUUGACGAAGCCGAGUUUGCAAGAGAAGAACUAGCCGCCAAAAAUUCCACCGCAGAGGCGACAAUCACUCGUCUCCGUGGCAAAAUCGAGCGUCUCGAAAAGGCUCUUCAGCAAGAACGUCUCAACAGCAAUGAAGACCAAACAAUAGUUAACGAGCGUCGCGAUCUUCAUGAGAUGCUACGCGAGACCCAGCUACAAGCCGAGUCCCUUGAAAUCGACGUCCAGCAACGUGAUGAGAAGAUCGCAGCCAUCACAUCCGCCGAGAGAGAUCUCCGUGCUCAACUCAAGCGUGUCCGUGAAGAACGAGCCCAGCACCAGUCUAAGGCUGCCGCUGCCCAAGAGCAAUUGCAGAAUCUGGAGCGCAAACAUCGUAAAGCCAAAGAGAAUUGGCUCCAGGAGAAGGAUAUCUGGGAUCAGGAGAAGAAGGUCCUCACCAAGGGCGUCCGCUUCGUCAACACAUCCCUCUCCACAAAUCCCGCCGAUGAGGCUGUGCCCGAAAACAUGCAGAAGACCUUUGAGCAGAAGGAACGUCUCCAUCAGAAGGUUGUGCGCGGCUUGAGCAUGCAGCUCGAUUAUGCCAAAGCGAAGUGUGCUCGUGAAGAGGCCUUCCGUGAGGAAGCUGCGUAUGCUAAGCGAUACAUGGCUUUACAAAUUGCGCUAUUCGAGGCUUGCAACCUUGCAGACAUCCGCGCUCUCGAGUCCGCAGGCGUCAAGCGCCCGGCUCCCCGGCCCAAAAAACCCCUCACCCUCCGCAAGGUAGCCAUCAUGGUGCGCGCCACGAUCCGCAUGCAAAAGGGCGCCGAGGAAUGGGCCGUCAGCCGCGCGCUGAAUGAUCGCAUCGUCGCGAAGCAGAAGCAGCAGAAGAAGGAGGAGGCGGUGCAGAAGCACCGCGAUCUGAGGGCGCGGAAGGAGCGUGAGCAGGAGCGGGGGUGGGGGUCAUCAUCACAGCGGGACCGGGAGGAGCAGAGAGGCGAGCAGAGGGAUAGGAGCGGAAGUACGUCUGGGGAACGGACGGGAAGUACGGUUGCGGAGCGGGAGCGCGAGAGGACUGGCAGUACGGCUGCUGGGGGGGACCGGGCGACCCGUAGCAAUAUGGGGAGCGUCAGGGGAGGUGCUCGUAACUAUUGA